AAUGAAUAAAACAAUAUUAGUAUUAAUAGCAAUAAUUCUCCUUACAUAAGGAAAAAGACACUAUAUAGAAAAUAAGAUAAAUAAAAAACAAGAAUUACUUGGAGGUAUUAGAUGGGAUACUCCAGAGAAUUUUAAAAAUGAUGAAGAUUAUCAAAAAGCUGUAAGAACAGCAAGAAAUGAAUUUCAUCAAGUUUGUCAUUUAUAAAAUAAUGUUAUUUGGAUAAGAGUUGAUAAAGUUGGUUUUUAGAUUGUAGAAGGUAUAAUGUGGUGGGUAUGAUAUGAAAUUAAUUUAGUUAGAAGUUUAAUUGAGUAGUAUUAAAGUUUAAGAGAUGAAAGUAUUGUAAGAAUUAGAAGGAACUUUUAAAUUAGUUGGAUGCACUUAAUGAC